GCCAUCAUUUAUCGGUCGUGCCACUCCCUAUCCGAUCGCUAACGGAAUGCGCAAGAGCUCACAACAGUAGGGAAACGCAAACAUGGCGAGCCUCAACUUUGUCACCUUCAACCAGGAUCACAGCCAACUGGGUGUGGGAACAACCAAGGGCUAUCGUAUCUUCAAUACCGAACCGUUUAGCAAGCACUCGGAGGCGAACGAAGGAGAUGUCUCAUGUUUGGAGAUGCUGUUCUCGACGUCGCUCGCUGCUCUCACCACCGCUCCCCGAGUCCUCCGGAUACAAAAUACCAAGAGGCAUUCUACUAUAUGCGAGCUGACUUUUACGACGGCUAUCCUUGCGCUGCGCAUGAAUAGGAAGCGACUUGUGGUGCUACUGGAGAAUGAGAUCUAUAUCUACGACAUCAGCAAUAUGCAUUUGCUACAGCAGGUGAAGUCUGCUUCAAACCCAAAUGCAAUAUGCUCGCUCUCUUCAUCUUCCGAGAACAACUACCUCGCAUACCCACUGCCCACCAAAACGUCUCCGGCUAACUUCCAACCGCCACCGCAUGCCCCUCCAAAAACCGAGAACAAUGUGCCGAUUAGCGGCGGAGUUAUGAUAUAUGACGCGACCAAGCUGGAGCCUGCGAACAUAAUAGACGCGCACCACGCUCCACUGUCCUGCGUAGCUCUGAAUAACGAGGGUACACUCCUGGCCACGGCAUCCGAGAAGGGCACUAUAAUCCGAGUCUUCUCUGUACCAGCGGGAGAGAAGCUUUAUCAGUUCCGAAGAGGCUCUAUACCAGCCCGUAUAUACAGCAUGUCGUUCAACUCCACAUCAACGCUUCUCGCGGUAUCCUCCACCUCAGACACCGUCCACAUCUUCAAGCUCUCCCCCCAAAAUGCAGGUCGGAGGAACAGUUCGUCAGCAACGAGCCGGCCUCUAUCAGGCUCCCGGGAGCGGAGCAACAGCCGUAGUAGUCAAGAGCUUGACAACGCGGACUAUGAGUACGAAGAGAGUCGAGACGACGCUCCUGAGCCUGAGCGAAAAGCCAUCAACCCAACAUUCGCGAGCAUGAUACGGCGCACUUCGCAGAACGUGGGCAAGUCAUUUGCAGCAACAGUCGGAGGAUAUCUGCCAAGCGCGGUCGCUGAGAUUUGGGAGCCAACGCGCGACUUUGCCUGGGUGAAGAUUCCCAGGAUAUCUUCCUCGAGCGGGCAGAUGCGCAACGUAGUGGCCCUCAGCAAUAAUGGGCCGCAGGUUAUGGUCGUCACUAGUGAGGGCAACUAUUACGUCUUCAAUAUCGAUUUGGAGAAGGGUGGAGAGGGCACCCUGUACAAACAAUUCUCUCUGCUCGAGCCACAGGAUCUCACUGCCACCGGCGAAGGUAUUGAUUAGGUAUAUGUACCAGGGGUCCGCCUUGGUGAUUAACGAGAGUGUAUGGGGCUGCAGGUUCUUUGGGUUCUUGCAUUGGGAUACGGUGUUCGUUGUUUACUCCAUACUAUCAUGUUCCGUGGCGUUUGGGAACACGUCUCUCUUUUGACUAUUACUAUCUCUGUAGGAAUAAUACCCGGGGUUCAAGGGUGGCCAUAGUUGGUUUGCAAUUUAGUCAGGUAAUUCACGGCCCAUCAUUCAGGACCCUUACC